UGCAAUUGGUAACAUCACAGCACAGAAUCAGAAUCAGUGGAAGUUGGAACAGUUCGCGGACAACUUUCGCGGUUGGCGAGCAUAUCGCGGGCUCACACAAAGUGCUCAGUGCUGCUGUCACGGAUGCUAAACAUUCCCUUUUCGACGUGGUGAACGGUGAAGCUCGAAGAUGUCGAAGUGGAGAACUUUCGUCCGCAACAAUCUCCUGACUAUCCUUACGGUCGUUGGGGUGAUAGCAGGUACCGCAGUCGGCUCUACUUUGAGGUCCCUAUCGAAAGAAAAAUGGAACCAGAGAGAAACAAUGUAUUUGAUGUUUCCCGGAGAAAUUUUCCUCCGGAUGCUUAAAUCACUCAUUAUUCCGUUGCUGAUGGCGUCCAUUAUUUCGGCCGUCGGCAGUUUAGAUCUGAGUUUAUCGAGGAAAAUCGCUGCUAGAGCGAUUCUUUAUUAUGCGACAACGACAGUGUGUGCUGUUAUCUUGGGAAUCAUCCUCGUCAUAACGAUUAAACCGGGAGCGGGCGCCAUCGCCGCCACUGCGAGUGAACUCAGCAAAGAUGAGGGGCUGAAGAGAAAAGUACUUACACAAGAUACGCUGCUAGAUUUGAUCAGAAAUCUGUUCCCUCCUAAUCUGAUCCAAGCGUGCGUCCAACAGUCACAAACGCUCCUCAUCCAGCCUAAGAAUUUUAGCGGAAACGCAGACAAUGUCACUUCGGCGGAUUUGGUCCAUUGGCCAUUCAAGGAGAAUUACGAGAAUACAACCAACGUUUUGGGUCUGGUGGUUUUCAGUAUCGUCCUGGGGAUCAGUUUGGGUCAGAUGGGGGACAGUGGGAAAAUCCUCUGUGAUUUUUUCCAAACUCUUAGCGAGGCCAUGAUGAACAUAACUAGUUGGGUGAUAUGGAUCUCCCCCUUGGGUGUGUUCUUCCUCGUGGCCAGCAAAAUGGUCGAGACGGACAGCUUCCUCGACCAGUUACACCGACUCAGUUUCUACUUCGCCACAGUUAUCCUGGGGCUGGUGCUGCACGGCUUUGGCACCAUCUCCAUAAUCUACUUCAUAGCCGUGCGCAGACUCCCGUUCAAGAUCAUCGGGCAACUUAGCCAAGUCCUGGCCACGGCCUUCGGCACCGCUUCCAGCUCGGCUACGAUGCCCAUCACCAUCCAGACCUUGGACAAGAUGGGGCUCGACCCCCGCAUCACGCGUUUCGUCAUCCCCGUGGGCGCCACUAUCAACAUGGACGGCACGGCGCUGUACGAGGCCGUGGCCGCCAUCUUCAUAGCGCAGCUGAAGAACGUGGAAAUGACGUUUGGGAAAACGGUGGCCGUUUGUGUGACGGCAACGGCGGCGAGUAUUGGAGCGGCGGGGAUCCCACAAGCUGGCCUCGUCACUAUGGUGAUGGUCCUCGAUACGGUAGGAUUACCCGCCGAGGAAGUAAUUAACAUCCUGGCGGUCGAUUGGCUCUUGGAUCGAUUCCGCACCACCAUCAACGUGAUGUGCGACUGCAUAGGCGCCCGCUUGGUGGACAUCCUCAGCGUGGGCGAACUGGAUAAAAUCACUGAAAUGGAUAGGCUGAACGCCGACCCACAAGAAUUAGUAGAAAUGUCUAAGGACGUGCACAAUUAGAUUCUCACUCAACACUCCAUACUCCCUUUUUGUUUUAAUUUAUGGUAGCUAAAUGUGCGUCAAAAUUAGGAAGAUAUUAAGCGUUUGUGACAAUAAUUGUACAGUAAUUCCUAAUUUGGGGCUUUAGACGUUGCAGCGACACCUUUCGGCACUUGAUACCUUCAGUGUACAUAUCAUGUCAUAAUAGUAAAUGUCGUUUAGAGACCAUAACUGUCAGUAAUUUGUUGUUGAGGAAUAUAUUUAAAUGUUGGUAGUUGGGAGUUUCCAACUACGAAAAAUGAAUGUUCGACGUUUGUUGGGAUGCGUUUUUUUCUAUUCAAGUUUAGGGACCAAUUUUUAUUUGAAUGACCAUCAAAUCGGUUCAAAUCUAACUUAAAGCUAGUUACAAAAAUAUGUUACGUUUUAAAAUUAUAUUAAAUUUUUAGUUACCUAAGUUAUAAAUAUAAAUCGAAAUUGUUAGAUAUAGUUUAUAAUGAAUUUUAUUGCAAGUAUGUUGUUGUGUAACUUAUUCAUAGAUUAUUAUGAUAAAACUCGUGAAAUUUUGCGAUUUUAUGAGUUUUAGUCACAAAUUCAAGACAAUAACUGCCGUUAUAUUGUAAUUUAAAUGUAAGAAGAAAGAGGUGCCAUAUUCUAUCUGACGUUGUUCCGAUAUUUCUAGAAAAUAUUGGGGUACUUCUCCUUAAUUUUUUGAUUUAUUAUUUGUUUUGAUAAUAUAAUAUGUGUAGAAUAAGG